AAGUUGAGUGUGGUAAAUCUGGUGGGAGAUUUCACGUCUUACUUUGUUGUUUGUGCAGCGUCGUGCAUGGAGCCUCCAGUGGUCUCUGGAGAACUAGAACCCUCCAUGUGAAGGGGCACCAGGCCAUGUUUUGUAGAGAUUUGUGGAUGAUUGACAUCGCUCAGUGUGGGGUACCGGCCACCCCAGAUCAUGCUGGGAGUUUUCGCGGGAUGAGAGCCACCAGGGGCCGUGCGCACUGGGGAUAGCCAGGGUGCCGGUGUUACGCACCCACUGGGAGCAGCGGUGGGUUGCGGGCGGCAGGCGGACGGGCUUGGAGUGGGGUCGGCUCCCUCCUGAUGACAAAGCAGGUGAACAAUUUCACAAUUUCACCAGUGGAUCAUGACGAUCGCAUCGUUUUUCCCUUUGAAGAAACUGCGGCGGAACGGCAAAUAUCUACUGUUCGGAGCGAUUCUGCUGAUCGGAUUUUUGGCCGUCUACCAUGAGAUGGUGGCUGCAAAAGCAUGGAGCAGUGACACCGGCAUAAAUGUUGACGCUGGUGGCAGCUGGAGAAGACCCAUGUUUGAGGAAAGGGUCAGAAAAGAAUAUCAACCAGUCUCUGAGGAGGACUCUACUGCCUGGAGGUCCAGCUUCAAUUCACAAACCUGGAAACCAGAGUAUAAGGGACAGGCCAAUCUGCACGUCUUUGAGGACUGGUGUGGCAGUUCUACAGCUGACCUCUUCAAGAACCUGCACUACCCGCUGUAUCCUCAUUCCAGGACUACGGUGCAGAAGCUGGCUGUCUCUCCUCAGUGGACCAACUACGGGCUUAGGAUAUUUGGUUAUAUACAUCCAUACACUGACGGAGACUUUGUGUUUGCUUUGAGCUCUGAUGACAACUCAGAGUUUUGGCUCAGCACGGAUGACUCUCCCUUGAACUUGCAAUUGCGGGCAUGGGUUGGAAAGACUGGCGAAGAGUGGACAGCCCCUGGGGAGUUUGAGAAGUAUGCUAGUCAAACCUCCAGACCAGUUUUGUUGUCUGCUCAGAAGAGGUACUUUUUUGAAGUAAUCCACAAGCAAAAUGAUAAAGGGACGGACCACGUGGAGGUGGCAUGGCAGCUCUUGAACCACGAAGUUAGGUUCGUGGUUAUUGAUUCUCGUCACAUCUCCCUUUAUGUUGAUGAGUCAGCGUUGUUAAUGAGUGACGUCGCACACAUACCACAGACGGCUGCAAGCCACCAACGCACUCCGAUGAAACAGCGUGGUUUUGAUGUAGACAUGAUGAGGGAAGACCCACGAGACUCUCUCUACAAAGUGCCUCUGAUGAACAGCAAGUUCUUACAAGGUGUUCUGCCAGACUGCUUGUACAAACCCAGCUACAUAAUCAAAGACUUUCCUCUGACGCGCUACCAAGGACUACAGUUUGUCCACAUGUCCUACAUCUACCCCAACGACUACACCCGCCUCUCUCACAUGGAGACAGAGAACAGCUGCUUCUACCCUGAGAGCCCCUACUACAUGAAGAUGUUCGGUUUUUCGAGAUACAUGAGAUUAGACCGUCCUGAAAAUGAAAACCCGCUCCAAGAUUUUGGUUUUCAGAAGAGGAAAUCUGUACGAGAUGGGGAGGACGAGUUUGACAACGACGUCUAUUACAGAGAAAAGGAAGAAAGACCAGGCCAUAUAAAUAAUGCUCUUUUUCCAGACUAUGGUGAUGAUUAUGAUGACUAUGUCCAGAAACGCAGACGCAAACUCUUCUCAUUACUCGGCCAAGACAAGCACAACACCUCUGAUACAGGACCUCGUGUGCUGAAGCCUCAGCCUGUGGUGCCUCAACCAGCAGAGCCUCAUCAGGUGUUGCCACCACAAACCUUAAAACAUCCCUCGCACCUGCAACAGAACUGGACAGAAUUAAGACAAGAAGGCCAGGUUAAAAAUGUAGAAAAGGUCAAACCAAAUAGGAUCCAAAAACCAAUGAAGAAAAAGAAGCUUAAAUCAAUAAAGAAAUCUGUGAUUUAUAGACAGACAAAUGUAACAAUACCAGGGGACAGAGAUCAGCUUAAAGCAAAAAAACAACCGUCAGAACAGCUCAACCCUAAACGGCAUCAGAUCCAGGCGUCUCAUAAAAAACCCAGAAACCAAAGUAUCAGAGACUCAGAGGUUCAGCUAGUAAACAGGGAUUUUGCUCUGCUUGAAAAACCCAAAGUAGCUAAGCAGUUGGGAAAUGUUAGUAAAGGACUGGUGCACAAACCAGCCCACCUCAAGCGUCCCACCUACCAUGAGAGGGAGCAACCUUUAGUGAGGCUCAGCCAGAGCAACCAGGAUCACAGAAAACACCUCAGAGUUGAGGAGAAAGAAAUUAUCACUCCUCUGCAACAGGAUUUAGAUAAUAGCAUCCACAAGGUAAAGAUAACCACCAGAGGGAAAAAGGACACAACGUUGGAAAGAGUGGAGGACCAAGUGGGUGAGCAAGAUGAGGCUAUGAACAGGGAGGAAACCAUGGAGGGUGAUAAAGACUCCCUGUGGGGACCAGAGGGAGACUUUGAAGAUGAUGAUGAUGAGGACCUCACGCCUAUGCCAGCGUUCGACCCAGAGGUUAACUGGAACCAGACCUUCCAGGUCAACAACCUGGACCUUCAGGCACAGCGAUCAGAUUUGAUUGACCUGCACUGUAAUGUCUCUGGCAACCUGCUGCUUCACUCCAGUGAUGCUCUGCCAAUGGCCGAGGCAUUCAUGGAGCAACUCAACAAAAAGCACCAAGGACGGUUUACUCUGGUGCGCGUGGUCAAUGUAGUGAAGCGUGUGGACGGGUUCCAGGGCAGCCGCUACCUUUUGGAGCUGGAGCUGAGAGAUGCGAACGGCCAACUGCUGCGUCUGUCACACUACAUCUACACUCUGAUUCGCCAGGACAGGCAGCGCAGAGACAACUUCAACUUCCAUAGGCCGAAACCUCAGUUGGUGCUUUGCAACCCGGUGGGCUUCCGCUGGAACCCGGUUGCAACUGUCCACUUUAUAGUACCAGUGAAAAACCAGGCUCGGUGGGUGAAACAGCUGAUAUCUGACAUGGAACAGCUGUUUAUAGAAACUGGAGACCACAACUUCAAUCUCAUCAUUGCAGACUACAACAGCACUGACAUGGAUGUGAAGACUGCUCUGCAGAAAUCCAAACUCAUCAGGUACCAGUACGUGAAGCUGAGUGGAAACUUUGAGCGUUCUGCUGGUCUGCAAGCAGGUAUCAACCUUAUUAAAGAUAACCACAGCAUUGUGUUCCUUUGUGACCUCCACAUACACUUCCCUUCCUUCAUCAUCGACACCAUCAGGAAGCACUGUGUGGAGGGAUUCAUGGCUUUUGCCCCAAUCGUCAUGAGACUGAACUGCGGGUCUACGCCAUGUGAGGCCAAAGGUUACUGGGAGGUUAAUGGCUUCGGCUUGCUGGGCAUUUAUAAAUCUGAUCUGGAUGCAGUGGGAGGAAUGAACACCAAAGAAUUCACAAACCGCUGGGGAGGAGAAGACUGGGAGCUCCUUGACAGGAUUCUCGUGGGAGGACUGGAAGUGGAGAGGAUCUACUUGAGGAACUUCUUCCACCGCUUUCACUCCAAACGUGGCAUGUGGAACCGCAAAAAGAUUCCCAGCCACAGGUGACUUUAUCACCCGCCGCCUCACUAUGAUCGCCAUGGUUAGAACAACCAGGGCUACCAGGGCACUUUAAGAGCUUAAGCUGCAGAAAGCUAAAGCUAGUUGUUGAGCAGAUGCUUCUGAUAUGCUCAGAGCUUAUUUCACUGGAUGUACUGUUGACUACUAAGAGGGUACUGGUCUGUCUGCCAUGGCCAUGACAUCUUACGUAUGAAGAUACUGCUGUGCACCAUGAUGCUGAGAAGACUUACACCACGACAAUCUGCACUACUGUCUUGAUCCAAAGACAGAACAUGAAUUAAACAACAGUUCACACUCCAAGGAAACAAGUACACAAGUGUCCUACAACAGUGAGAUCACAAGUCUUGCACAUGAGUCUUAACUGGAGGAAAAUCUGUUGAAUUGAACUACCAUUGUGUAUUUGGUAAACACAGCCUUAUUUGUUACGUUGUAAAUUAUAAAAAAAAUAUAUAUAUAUAUUUAUUAUAUCAGUGUGUGUGUGUAGGAUUUUUUUGACCACUGUUUACAUGUCAAGUGCCCUCUUAUGAUCGUUUGCAUUACUAUUAUUGUGCCUUCUCUUGUUAAUGUUAUUCAGGUACUGGGGCCACAUGGGUCUGUUUUACAUAUGAGACAGAAAAAGCCUUUAACUGGAAAAAAUAUUUAAAUAUUUUAAUGAUUUUCAUGAUUGUAGUGUUGAGUUUUAUCAGGGAAGGACAGACAUGCAUUAAUAAAAGUAUGCACGUUGGUUUCUGUGUUGCCCAACACAUCACAGACUUAAAACUGUGUAUUUGGUUGAGUAUCAGAAAACUGUAACAAAAACUGAUGGCUCAUUGAAAAAGUUCCUACUUCUUCUUAUUUUCCUUACACUGCAAUUUACCAAAGGUAAUUAUAUAGAAGGAUAAUAUGUGUUUCUUAUAUGUCAGACUAUUUAAAAUCAACCUGCUGAUCUUUUUUCAUUUCAUGAGUAUUUUGAGGAAUCCCAUUUUUUUUUUUAUCAGUCUUUGAUGCUUUCCAAUCAAGCUUUUAGAAUUAGUGUUUUCAUGUCAACAUAAGCUGGAAUUGUAAUGGAAGAAGAAUGAUCCUUUGUGUGUUUUGUCAUGUUAUUUGAGACGAGAUUAAUGGCAGCAUCUUAUCAUGUUUCACAUUCCUGUUAAAGAAGUCAAUGUGCCUUUUCAGUCGUUGAAAUCGAUACUUGUUGAACACUUUUACUCAUUUAGGGGAAUCAACAUCCCAACUCUGGUCGGGUGCCAAAUAAUGCUGUUGUUUUUUAGGAAGUAACACUGUCAAGAAUUGUGUAGGUUUUUUUCUGUCACAUUUUAAUGUAAGUACAAUCUAAAGUGUUUGAAAUGUGGAUACUGGUUCGACAAGGAUUUUGGAAGUUUUUCAUGUCCGUCCUUUUCUGUUCUCUCUUGGUUGUUUUUAGAAAUACCUCAUCCCUCUCUGUGCUGGGAAUUUAACUUUUGUAGUCUUGGAGUCUCUUCACUCAGGGACACUUUUUUAUUUUUUCAUCUUCACUGAUUUUGAGAAUAAAUGUUUCUGUCCUUCACUCCCAUUAAACUGUGCUUUUCAAUUGUU